CUAUUUAUUUGAAUAUGAUAUUUCUGUUUGUUGAUGGGUAAAAAAGAUCAUCCUUUUACUAAAUUGAGAGCGUGCACGUUCACUCUAUUCUAAACUAAUAAUACAAAUCGGAAGAAUUUAUAAAAACAUGGCAUAUAAAUUGCUGUUGCUGUCCUUCGUUCCGUUUCUGACUUCAACCGUCAUGGCCAGUCCACUGCCAAACAAAUUACAGGAACAACUGGAAAACCCAGCUGUUGUUAAAUUUCGAGAAUACUUGCGAAUAGACACUAGCCCAAGUGAGAAUUUACAGGAGGCCGUGGAAUUCUGGAGGCGGCAGGCCGCCGACUCAGGGCUUGAUUUUGCGGUGUACUCGCCGGCCGGCAAGCCGAUAUGCGUCCUAACGCGCGUGGGCGCCGACCCUACCUUGCCCAGCAUCAUGCUCAAUUCCCACAUGGAUGUGGUUGCAGCCGUGCCAAUCGCAUGGACCUAUCCACCUUACGAGGCGCAAGUGGACAAUGAUGGCAACAUCUACGGGCGCGGAGCUCAGGACACCAAGGACGUAGCCAUCCAGUACCUGGAGGCGGUCAGGCGGAUCAUUGCCCAGAAUGUCACCUUGCAACGCACUGUACACAUCACUCUUAUGCCUGAUGAAGAAACAGGUGGAUUUGAGGGAAUUAGACCUUUUAUAAAAACGCCAGAGUUCAAGGCGUUAAAUAUCGGUUUUGCAUUAGACGAGGGGCUGGCAAACCCGACUGACGACUUGUAUGCUACAUAUCAAGAUCGGAGAGCUUGGUCUAUACAAAUAACAGUCAAGGGAAAGAGCGGCCAUGGAUCAUCGAUGCCAGCUGAUAUUGCUAUCAAAAAGCUGCAAAGGCUAAUAAACGUGAUGAUGAGAUACAGGAAACCACUCGAAAAGGCUCUGAUAUCAGUGCCUAGUAUAAGAAAUGGGUUUUACACAACUCUGAAUCUUAACAUGAUCAAUGGUGGAAUGGCCCCAAACAUUAUUCCGGAAACCUUCACUCUGGUAGCUGAUAUGAGACUGUCUCCUGAAGAAAAUGCAACUGAGAUACUAUCCCUGGUAAACUCAUGGGGCGCGUUUGCUGGGAACGGAACAACAGUAGACUUCUUAAGACGAGAAAUGGAGUCGCUGGCAACUCCUAUAGAUGAAACCAAUCCUUAUUGGGUUACUAUUAAUGAAACCAUAACACACAUGGGCUACAACCUGGUCCCAGUGGUCUGUCCGGCUACGUCAGACAUGUUGCACAUCCGUAACAUCGGCAUCCCGGCCAUCGGGUUCGCGCCCAAACGUCGCACCACGAGCCGCGCGCACGACAUCGACGAGUACCUAAACAUCGAUAUCUUUCUGGAAGGCAUCGAUAUCUACGUCUCCCUCAUCACAAAUCUGGCGAAUUUGCCGGAGAAGAAAAUGGACUGUACAGAAUAACUUAAAGAAGCGACCAAGUAGUUUGUAUUUCACGUCUCGCGUCUGAUUGAAACCAGUCACAUUUUCUUUUAAAGUAGAGUUACCAAAACAUGCGUACGUAAAUAGUAUAAUUAUGAUUUAGCUUUGUACAGCAAAUAUUACAAAAGUAUACUCACAUAAACAA